AUGCCGGACGGCCGCCAGUCGCCCAGCCAGGAGCCCCGGGGACGCCGGAAGGGCGGGCAGCUGGGCGUGGACGGGGGCGUGCACAGGCGAACGCGGCGACGGGAGGCAGGCUGGCGUGGCGGGCGGCCCGGCGGGGGCCCCUGCCGGGAGGAGGCCUGCGAUCGCGCCUUCUCCCCGGCGGGGGUGCCGGAGCCAGAGAUCCGCGACCUGGGGCUGGAGUACAGGGCCGUGGUGGCCGUGCCCAGCGUGUGCAGCGCGGACAUCCGCCUGGACGUGCGCCGCGACCGCCUGACCGUGUGGCUGGUGGGGACGGGCGGGGAGUCCACGCGGCUGUGCGGGCUGGCCGUGCCGCACGGCGUGGUGUCGGACUUCAUCACCGCGCAGCUGACCGGCGUCUGCCUUAGCGUGGUGAUGCCCAAGGACGCGCCGGUGAGGGUGCGGAUGGCCGACCCCGGGGAGGUCGCGGCCUGGGCGCCGGGGGAGGGGGUGUGCCGCGGCGGCGUGGUGGGCGACUGGCUGGUGGAGGCGGGCCCGCGGGCCUUCCGCCUGCUGCGGCCGCUGCCGCCGUCGUAUUGGGGUCCGGAGGGUGUGACCGUGGAGCUGCUGGGGAACACCGUGAGUGUGUGCGGGGCGGACGGGGAGCCCAUCGACGGCUUCCAGGCUCCGGGGGGUGUGGACAGGGAGGGCGUGUUCGCGUGCUGCGAUCAGGGGCUGCUGCUGCUGGUGCUGCCCAGGCGCGGGGAAGGGACGGAAGGGGCGGUGGAGGAGAAUGAUGAAAUUGAACGCUGA